AUCGCAGCCAGCGCAGGCGUGCCCCACGAAAGUCGGCAUCCCCCACUAUUUCCCAGCUCGACCCUACCACAACAAACAGCGCCAGGAAGGCUCUGGCGGCGACGACGACAUUGCAAAGGCCUAACCAGCCGCCGAACGACGGCCCUGCGAAAAAAAAACCUCGGCUAGCCGACGGCGGGCACGGCCGAUCCCACACCAAACCACCUCCCCCCCCAAGAUGGCGGCGCCAACAACGGACGAGGAGUCGCUCGCCGAGUUCGACCUCCUGCCCAAGCUGGUCAGCCACCUGGACCGACACCUCAUCUUCCCGCUGCUGGACUUCAGCAGCAACCAGUGCUACGAUGAGGAGACCAACGAGGCCAAGGACGCCGAGAAGGCGCUCGAGAUCACCAAGGCCAAGUACGAGCUGCUCAAGAAGACCAACAUGACCGACUACGUCGCCAACCUGUACUGCGAGUUGCAGGGCAUCGGCGAGCCGCCCGCUGAGUUCGCCGACAAGAGGCAAAAGGUCAUCGCGCGCCUGCAGCAGUACGAGGAGUCGGUCAACAAGCUGCGCGAUCUGCUCGACAACGAGGAGGUCACGGGGAACCUGCGGAGCGACAAGGUGGCCAACUUGGAGUACCUUAAGAAGGAGCACGAGGUGACCAUCGAGAUGGUCGACGCCCUCUACGACUUUGGCAACUUCCAGUACAGCUGCGGCAACUACUCGGGCGCCGCCGAGCUGCUGUACCAGUUCCGCGUCCUGUCAACCGACAACGACAAGGUCUCGGCGGCGACGUGGGGAAGGCUGGCGUCGGAGAUGCUCAGCGGCAACUGGGAGGGCACCAUGGAGGAACUUAAGACGGUCCGCGAAAGCAUCGACUCGAGGCUGUUUAGCAACCCGCUCGCGCAGCUGGAGCACCGCACCUGGCUGAUUCACUGGGCUCUGUUCCCCCUCUUCAACGACGAGUCGGCACGCGAGCCGCUGCUCGAGAUGCUCUUCUCCCCCAACUACAUCAACACCAUCAUGACGAGCUGUCCGUGGAUCCUGCGCUACCUGGCCGUCGUCGUGAUUGCCGGGAGGGGACGUGUGCGCAACACGGGCAUGCACCAGAAGCAGCUCAAGGACGUGGUGCGCGUCGUCAAGCAGGAGGGAUACGAGUACUCGGACCCCGUCACCGACUUUGUGCGGGCGCUCUACAUCGACUUUGACUUUGAGGAGGCGCGGCGGCAGCUUCCCCGAGCCGAGGAGGUGCUGCGCACCGACUUCUUCCUCAUCUCGACGACGGACGCCUUUGUCGACGCGGCAAGACAUCUGUUCUUCGAGUCUUACUGCAAGAUCCACGCCCGCAUCGACCUCAAGCGACUCAGCGAGCAGCUCGGCCUCAACGUCGACGACGGCGAGAAGUGGAUCGUCAACCUGAUCCGCGACACGCGCCUCGACGCCAAGAUCGACUUCCAGGAGGGCACCGUCAUCAUGAACCACCCCAACAGCAGCGUCUACCAGCAAGUAAUCGAGCGCACCAAGGGCGGCUUCUUCAGGACCCAGGUCUUGACGGCGGCCGUGGCUCGCUAGGAGGAGGGUCACGAUGAGGCGGCAGUCCAAGAACAUGGACAAGAAAUAAGCGAGGGACAGUAAUGCACAAUGGAUUAUUUGUCCCCGACUAGCCAACAAUAUCCCUCCGCCACAGCUCUCACGACCAUGCAUACACUUUCCUAGACAACAAAUGGGAAAGAAAAAAAGGUCCGGCGUUUAGAUGUGAUGCCCUGCUUGGGCAAACCCGGAGGCAAGUAUCUGGCCUUCUUUCUUCUGGAAGGUGGGCAGGUUAUAGGAAUUGCAUUCCGGACGGUGUUAUGGGCUCUGGGUUUUUUUUAUUUUUAUUUUUAUUUUGUCCCUCAAUACACUGGGUUUUGGGGUCUCUUCCUGUUUCAAUGACAACAUGGCUUUCCAUAGGCUCUAUGACAACAGCACGACGCACACAAGUGAAGCCCCUUCGUUGGCAGUAUUUGGUCUUGGUCUCUGAUGGACACUAGCGAUAAUAUUGCUUCCCUCUCAGUAUCAUUCGUCGUCUAGUAGGCAGUCUAGGACUGAGCACUAGGGGAUAUGUUGGGAUCAAGCAUAACUGAAUGUUCAAUACCUAGGCCACUGUUGGUCCGAUUCUAUUCUCAUUCGCCGCCACCAGAG